AUGCUAUCCCCGAUUAUCGACUUCUGGCGGCAGUAUAUGCAGGGCUUCAACCUGGUGAUGGAUUAUGUGGAGCAUUCGACGAUCUUGAAGGUAUUGGUCAGCUGCAUUAUGUCCCUGGCGUUCCGCAACAUCGUGUGGGUGGGCGGCGUCAUGAUCCAGAAGGUGGCUACGGCCAUAGCCCCCAAGAAGCAGCAGCGGAAGCUGGCCCCACAGCCGACGCCCAUUAACAUUGUGCGGAGCGUGACGCGCAAAAUGGAGCUGGGCAGCCUCCUGGACUGGAAACACUACGACGACAUGCCCCUGGGCAUGCUGCUGGAGAACAACGGCAGCACGGUGAUCCUGCGCAUCUGCUGCGAGCCAUACUUGGUGCCUCAACUGAGCGGGGGCGACCUGCCGGGAGAGUACCACUUCGUAGAGGCGUGCUUCAAGUGGGGCCCGCUGCGCGCCGAGCACUCAAUAGACUUGAUAAAGUUCUCGCUGGAGAUGCAGGUGCUGCACCGCUGCAACCAGGACCACGUCCCCUUCGAGUACGUGACGGUCUCCUAUCUGUUUGUUAUGAUGGGGAAUGGGAACGGCCCCCUAACCUCGAUCACCGAAAACCUUCGGUGCAUCGCUCGUCCCGAUUCGCAAAUGGAACUGCCGCCCUUUGAUCUAGCCUCCCUAAUGAAGCCCUUCGACAGUAACUUCUACAGCUACGAGGGCACCUACGACAACGGUGGCCAGGUCCUACCCACCAAGUGGAUGAUCUGCACCUACAUCUUCGCCAUCAGCUCGCAGCAAUUGUCCCAGUUCUUUGCCCUCUGUGGUCGCGAUGGCACCAGCAUCCAGUGCAACGCACGCAAGGAGCAGCCGCUGGGGAAUCGUUCCGUCAAUUUCCACAUUUAUUGA